CUGGUUCAGCAUUGUUUUCGCGACAGCGGGUCCUAUGGGAUUCUUUGAUGACACUGCUACAUUCAUCACAUACCUAUCCAACUACUGACAGGCAAACUCGUUCUUUAGAGGUUUGUGAUCUCGUAGUUUGACUAUGGCGUCAUUACUUGCUCGCGUCACUACCGAUCUGCUCCCCUGCGAGCGAGUCCUCUCCACUUUCGACCGCCAAAGCUCUUGAAGCGCACACUGUCACCAAAUGAUCCGCCAUUCAAGUUAGGGUCAGCGUAUGUGACGUUUCGGGUAAUAUUGAGAAAUUUGCGAGCGGCUUCGCAAACAUAAACAGCGAUUACACAAUGGAGAGCGACAAAGACAAGCGAGCUAAUGCGACCCUCCCUGCGACUGAGCACAGCGCCAACAACACUAGCGAUAUUUGUGAGUAUGACACGCCGAUUGCGCCCAUCACUGCAACAGACCGCGUCAGCGAGCGAGCGACUGCCACAGAGACAGCGCCAGACUGCAGCAACGAGGACGAGAUGACGCCUCCACCAACCUCAUCGAACGUGCCCUUGGACUCAGAGAAACUACACAUUCUCCUGACAUACUCCACUCUCUUGGCGUUGACGCGACAUUCUUCGCAGCCAGUAGUUGACUUGGACAUGCUGGCUCAAGUUCGACAGCUAGAUGCCUUUUCGGCUGGAGACGUCACCAAAGACGGCGUCGCGACACACUGGUCCGCCAAAAGUCAGCGACCCGAACGACUUCAGCGAUAUCAAUGUUUAUGCGACGAACUUGUCCCAACUUUGACGGCUGCGAUCAAGAAGCAGUCGAAGGCGAACCUGAAAGCGGAGUCCAAGAAUUGCGUGCAUGGCGACAGGAAUCCGGAGCAUCAAUCACUCUCGCAGCUAUUCUUGGCCAAGAGCCUGGUGACCAUGUACGGUGCGUGGGUGGAGAAGGCCAGGAAGAAGGGCAUUGACCCUGACAUCGACCCUUGGACCAACCCAACGAAGUUCAGUAAGGUGAUUCCAGUGUUCGAAUCAAUAUAUACGCUUCAGUACAACUUCAACGAGUGGCAGCAUACGUUACCCAAGCCGGUCUUCAAUCAGUCGGCUCGCCUUGAUGCCGAGGAGUUCAUGCGUGUGAUGGAUAACCGCGAUCAAAUUCGGGUGUACCACCGUGUUACCACCUCGCUCGGAAAGACCUUCGCGCAGUUGGACGUCAUCCCAGAAAUCGCCACCAAGUACAGUGAGGAUGAGCUGACCAGCAUGUGGCGCGACAAUACUCGUCCCAAGUAUCUGAUACCCGACCCUACGACCGUCACGAUCCCGAACAAGCAGAAAAACAUGUCUUGGCAGAGAUCAAAUUAUGGGAGAAUCUGGAUACGCGGCGAAACAAGCUGGGAACCUACUUUCAAGUUCAUGGUCUUCGACACAGCCACACAUGCGUACAUCCGCGAACACCUCGUUGACCUUGACCAUCUUGACCAAAUCGAUCUUAACGAUGAUAAAUUGGUCCUGAAGUACCGAAAGAAGAUCUCCCAAUGGCGCAAUCGUGACACUGGGGAGGCGACCAAGGUCCGCGAACCCUGGACCGAUGAUGAGCGUGCCAUUGUUUACGAGUGGGCGAAUACUUGGGUUCAUAAGAACGGUAUGGAAAAGUUCCUGCCUCAAGUUAUGGAGAGUGGGAGGGAUGAUCUCCAGGCUACCCUUGUGGCAAAGACUGGGUUUCUGCGUUCAGUUGACUCGGUCAGUGGUUGGGCGAGACAUCAGAUGACUAAGAAACCCAACGAGCCCCUGGGUAUGCUGCAUGCUGAAGGCCAAAAGCUGGCUGCACGUAUCGACGCCGGUGAAACCGUCGCAGACGACGAGCGCUAUCCUGACCAGGCUAUCGACAUCGCCGACUUCUUGGCAAAGACAAUACCGCAGACACUGUCCGAACACAACAGAUCCGGCAAAAAUCACAGGCUUGAUUCCGACGACAAGUCUUCCAUCGAGUCCAGCUCUGAGGUAGAUGGCGAUGACAACGAUACGCUGCCCUUUUCUCCGCGCAAGUCUGACAAGCAACCCAGGCUUAUUGCCAAAGGCAGGAUGCAACUUGGACGAGACGUGCCCCUUAUGAAGGCUGAGAUGGAUGCUCGUAUUGGAGCGCAUGCUGCUGGGGAGGCCGAUGACAUGGAUGAUGACGAUGAGGACAUCAACCGCGAAGUUGAUAUAAUCUUUGAGUUUGGCGAUAACGGGGAGAAAGAAUGAGUUGGACAGGAUUCGUAGGCUUGUCCUUUUGUUAGAGGCGUGAUGGAACAAGAAGGGACCUCUGACUGAGAAUUAUGGGACCUAAUGAAGAGAACGAAAAGAGAACAGUCACGCGCGUACAUAUCCGUGAGCUUCUGUACCAGUCACAACGUCGUUUUGGUGGUAUCUUUUACAUAGCAAAGGAGAAGGUUGAGCUUCGAAAAGGCAAACGAUAUUGCUACUUGGCCAGCACUGGGCAUUCGAUGCAACCGUGCA